AGUUUGCAACUGCCUUAUAAGGUCUAAUGCAGAGGCUCCUAGUGAUAGCACACUGCAAUUGGGUGAAGUAAUGUGUGGAUUCCUGACACUGAAUGGUAUACCUGGUUUCAUAAAUUUAAAUUCUUGUUUCAGAGGUCAAUAUAUCCUGCAACAACGGUAAGUUCCCAGCUGCACAUGAAAAAAUAUCAGCAGUGACAUUAUCAACUGCUAAUGGGACUUAGCAGGGCCAAAGCCAAGUGUGUAGGUGCAACUUCUUAUUGCAAUAUGAAUGCCCAUGGACAGAAAAUUGGAAGAAAGGUACUGAAAAUCUUAUUGAGUACAGAGAAAGCUCGUUUAAUGCCUUAUUCUCAAGGGUUUUCUUUGCCAAGAUAAAGAUGCAUCUUAUGACUUACACGUGCAAAAGUCAAGACUGAGAGAGUCCACAUGAUGGCCCCUUGAAACCCCAAGUUGAAGUCAAAUGUGAUUUUUCUACGAAGAUAGGCAGUGAAGUGUCGACAGAGGACAGCUUUUCAAGUACCGCAUUGUUGGAGUGGUGGAAUGGAUCCAAGUAUAUCACUAUCAGCUUCUUGAGAGUGGUAAAUGACAGGAAGGUGUUGUACCUUUCUGGCAUUUACAACUUUGAAGUUGAUACGAUGAUGAUGAUAGUAUUAGGACCCAUUCUACCACUGGAACCAUGCAGUAUUUGAAAAACUGUCCCUCUGUUCACACUUCAUUAGCUGUCUGUCUCAAGUUCUUAACUAUUGCCUUGACUAAAAUGGAACAGCAGUUCACCUAUUUCAAUUGUAAGUUUAGUUUUUGUAGUUCAUUGUCGAUUUUCCUCAAUCUUCUCCACCCAAUCUUAUCACCUUCUCUGAUCCUGCUGUAAGCAUGCACCUUCCUACUCUACACUUGAUCAUCAUCACGCUCCUGAUUCCUUGGCCCUUCAGUUCAGUGCUUCUCUGCGCACCUGACAGCGUGCUUGUCCCUGGCAUGGGUCUUACUCCUGGAAAAACUCUCACCUCGGAUCAAGGUUCGUUCGCCUUAGGCUUCUUUACCCCCUCAAACUCAACUAAAAAUAUGUAUGUUGGCAUAUGGUUCAACGAUAUCCCAUUGCACACUGUUGUCUGGGUUGCCAACCGCGAUAAUCCGAUCACCGAUGCUUCAUCCGCGGUGCUUUCUAUGACCAACAGCUCGAGCCUUGUGUUGUCUCAAACCAAUGGCCGCCACAUACUUUGGAUGGCAAACACAAUUACUGGCAGCAACUCUUCAGCCAAACUUCUCAACAGUGGCAAUCUUGUAGUCCUAUCAUCAGACGGUGCCAUGUUAUGGCAGAGCUUCAAAAACCCAAGCGACGUCGUCCUUCCUGGCAUGCCCAUGCGGACGACCCACAAGACACACCCACCAUGGCGGAUGAUCUCUUGGAAGGGCCCUGAAGACCCUUCAACAGGCAGGUUCUCUGGUGGGAACGACCUUGACACUCCCCUACAGUUCUUCGUCUGGGAUGGGUCAGUGCCAUACUUCCGUGCCACUGUGUGGAACGGAUAUGUAUCCUCCAACGUGGGCCUCCAGACCGUUAGUCCACUCAUGUAUUUGACAGUUAACAAGGGCACCGAUGGUGAGGCCUAUGCAACAUUUGGACUAUCAGAUGGCUCCUCCAGGAUAAUUUACAAGGUUGACUACUCCGGAAAGACAAUGCUGUUGAGAUGGAAUACCAGCUUGACAGAUUGGACCGCCGUUGAACAGUUGCCAGCUUACCAGUGCAAUCUCUAUGGAUAUUGUGGUGCAUAUGGCUACUGCGACAACACAGAGGCAACUCCCACAUGCAAGUGCCUUGAUGGAUUUGACCCUAGUAACAAAACAGAGUGGGUUAGAGGCAAUUUUUCUCAUGGUUGCCGGCGAAAGGAGGAACUGCAGUGUGGUGGAGAGGACAGUUUCUUGACCUUGCCAGCAAUGAAGGUGCCAGACAAAUUUGUACGCCUAUGGAAUAAAAGCUAUGAUGACUGUGCAGUUGAGUGCAGCAAAAAUUGCUCAUGUUUAGCGUAUGCUUAUGCUAAUCUAAGCACCAGCAACAUUGAUGGGGAUGCAACAAGGUGCCUGCUGUGGACCGGGGAGCUGAUUGACGUGGAGAAGGGUGGCGCCGUCGGCAAUGAGAACCUGUAUCUCCGGCUUACUGCCUUGUCAAGCAAAGGGCGAAAGAGCAUCGUAAUAAAAGUUAUACCAGCAAUUUCAGCAAUUGUGUUGCUGAUACUUCUAUUGGCAUGCCUUGUAUGGUUCCGCAAGUUUAAAGGCAAACAUGACAAAAAAGGAAGACUGAAGAGACUGAUGAUGGGGGAUUUGCGCAUUAGUGAUGGACUUGGAGAGGAGACUCAUGAAUUUCCGUUUAUUAGCUUUGAGGAAAUAGUCGAUGCAACAAACAACUUCUCUAUGUACAAUUUACUCGGAGAAGGCGGCUUUGGCAAAGUUUACAAGGGGCUCUUACAUGGCAACAAAGAAGUUGCUGUUAAAAGGCUGAGUAGAGGUUCUAGGCAGGGGGUAAUAGAAUUCAGGAAUGAAGUAGUUGUGAUUGCUAAACUACAACACAAAAACCUUGUAAGGCUUCUCUGUUAUUGUGUGCAGGGCGAUGAAAAGCUACUUAUUUAUGAGUAUCUACCAAACAAAAGCCUGGACAUCUUCCUUUUCAAUUCUGAAAAGAAGCCAAUGCUUCAUUGGCCGGCACGAUUCAAUAUAUUAAAAGGAGUGGCUAGAGGGCUACUCUAUCUCCAUCAAGAUUCAAGACUGAUGAUAAUUCAUAGGGAUCUCAAAACAAGCAACAUUUUGCUAGAUGGAGACAUGAAUCCCAAGAUAUCUGAUUUUGGCAUGGCAAGAAUCUUUGGUGGAGACGAGCAACAAGCAAACACUAACCGAGUUGUCGGAACAUACGGUUAUAUGUCUCCGGAAUAUGCAAUGGAAGGCCUCUUUUCUGUGAAGUCUGAUGUCUAUAGCUUCGGGGUAUUGCUCUUGGAAACUGUAAGUGGUCUAAGGAUAAGCUCAAUGCAGAACAUCAAGGAGUUCCCCAACCUUAUAAUAUAUGCAUGGAGUCUAUGGAGGGAAGGGCUGGCAAAAGAUCUUGUGGAUCCAUCUGUUUCAGAGAGCUGCUCAGAUGAAGAAGUUUUGUGUUGCAUUCAUGUCGGGCUCUUGUGUGUUCAGGAUGACCCGGAUGCGAGACCACCAAUGUCAGCUAUUUUAACAACCUUGGAGAGUAGAAGCACACCACUUGCAACGCCUGAUAAGCCGCUGUAUUUUUCUCGGAGAAAUAAGGUAGCAAAGAGAGCAGACUACAGCCAGGACUCUGUGGAUACGGAGACUCUUACAGUAGUAGAGGGGCGGUAGGGUCUAAAUUAUUUAGCUGCCACCGCAAUCACACGCACUGGAGUUCUCCUUUGAUGUGGCAUGGUAUGCCUUAAAGAAAUUCUUGUUGUAUUUGUAUUUUCCUCUGGGGUUCCACUGUGAAGUCUGGACUCUGGACAAUUACAGUUUCUAUGUCGUGACGAGUACAGAAUAUUUAUUUUAUGGUAAAAAAAGACGGAAGUAACAAAGAUUUUCCCUUAUAA